AUGAUUUCGAUUGUGUUAUUGUGUGGUAUUUUCACCGCUGCAUCGUGCGAGCAAGCCGAAUCUCGAUUAGUUAAUAUUGCCCAGGGACCGGUUCUUGGAUAUAGGCAGUCGGAUGAUGACAUAUACAUCUUCUAUAACAUUCCUUAUGCAAGGGCACCGACUGGAUCACAGAGGUUUAAGGCUCCGUUGCCACCUCCAAAGUGGAAGGAUCCUUACGAAGCCGUGGACAAACAAAUAAUAUGUCCUCAAGCAAAUUCAACUGGGCUCAUACAUAAAUCAAAAAGGGUACAAGAACAAGAGAAUUGCCUUGUUGCAAGUAUUUACGUUCCCAAUACAGACAGAAAAAAUCUUCCAGUUGUUGUAUAUGUUCAUGGUGGAGCUUUUGUUUUGGGAUGGGGAGACCUUGCUGUACCUAAAAGUUUGGUGAAAAGCAAAAAUGUAAUUGCCGUUACUUUUAAUUAUAGGCUUGGUGCGCACGGCUUUCUUUGCUUAGGUACGAAAGAUAUCCCUGGCAAUGCUGGCAUGAAAGACCAGGUAGCCUUGCUGCGAUGGGUAAAGAAGAAUAUUGUAAGGUUCGGAGGUAAUCCUGAUGAAGUCACAAUAGCUGGAUAUAGUGCUGGAUCAGCAUCCGUAGAUCUAUUGAUGCUUUCAAAAAUGGCAGAUGGUUUGUUUAAACGAAUGAUUCCUGAGAGUGGCGCCAAUAUAGCUGCCUUUAGUAUUCAGUCGGAUCCCAUUAAAAAUGCUAAGGAGUAUGCAAUGAUGUUAAAUUUUGAUAAAUACGACAACAUCGAAGCGUUGCAAGAUUUUUACAAAACAAUUCCAUAUGAGAAAUUAAAUUCAGUUAAUGCUAUGAACAGAAAAGAUUCUACAUUUUUGUUAUCACCAUGUGUGGAGCGCAAUUUAGGGGAAGAAACUUUUCUUGAGGAGGAUCCAGUUAACAUACUGAAAAGUGGGAACUUCAAGAGGGUACCGAUGUUGUAUGGGUUUACCAACAUGGAAGGGCUGUUUCGGGCUCCACUGUUUGAACAAUGGAAGAGUCUUAUGAAUGAAAACUUUUCAAAUUUUUUACCUGCUGAUUUAAAAUUUCAAAACGAGAUGGAAAUGAAACAAGUUGCAGAAAAAGUAAGGCGUUUUUAUUUCGGACAGAAGUCAGUAUCAGAUGAUACGAUUCUAGCAUUCAUUAAUUACUUCACGGAUGUUAUAUUUGCAUUUCCCGUACUAAGAUCAGUGAAAUUCCAAGUGGAAGCUGGAAAUCGCGAAAUUUACUUAUAUGAGUAUUCAUAUUUUGAUGAUACUACGCCUAUUGUGCCACAUACUAAAACGCGUGGUGCAGCCCAUUGCGCACAAACAUUUGCAGUAUUGGAUGGUAUGGUAUCAGUUGAUGAGAACCAUGCAUCAAAGAUGAGAGAAAUUUGGCUGAAUUUUAUUACUACAGGAAAUCCUGUUCCUAAAGGUUCUAAUCUUCCGGUUUGGCCGCCAGUUCGCGAAGAUUGGGCACCCCAUAUGUCCUUGAACCAAACUUUUGAAUUGAGAGGUUCGCUAUUAAAAGAGCGAGCAAUAUUCUGGGAGGAUAUUUACAAUAACUACUACUACAACCCACUUUCAGCGAAUCCUCACACGGACCUAAGCUAA